AUGGAGGGUUCUCUUGGGCUUUUGUUGGUGCUAAUUGAAACUUUGGCCAUCAUUCAUCUUGUUCAAGCUCAAGACCAGCGAGGGUUCAUCAGUUUGGAUUGCGGUUUACCCGCAAACGAGACUUCUCCUUAUAAAGAGACUACGACUGGACUGUGGUUCUCUUCAGACGAAAGUCUCAUACAGAGCGGAAAAACUGGUAGAAUCCAAGCAAAUCGAGAGAGUGGUUUCAAAAAGCCAUACACAACGCUGAGAUAUUUUCCAGAUGGAAAUAGGAACUGCUACAAUCUGAGUGUAGAGAAGGGAAAGAAACAUUUGAUCAGGGCUUAUUUUAUCUAUGAAAACUAUGAUGGUCAAAACAUUAACCCGGUGUUUGAUCUUUAUAUUGGACCUAAUAUAUGGGCCACCAUAGAUUUGGAGAAACUUGUGAAUGGUACACAGAGCGAGAUGUUACAUGUCCCAACAUCAAACUCGUUGCAGAUUUGUCUGGUUAAGACUGGGAGGACUACACCGUUAAUAUCAACGUUGGAAUUACGGCCGAUGGGAAAUGACACUUAUAACACUAAGUCUGGCUCCCUGAGUUAUUUCAUCCGUAGCUAUCAUAGCAAGUCGGGAUCUACCCUACGGUACAUGACAGAUGUCUAUGAUCGCCUAUGGCUUCCGUUCUUUAUGAAGGAAUGGACACAGAUAUCCACUGGUCUCAAAGUGCGCAAUUCUAACGGCUAUGAUCCACCGGAAGUCGCCCUUGCAACAGCAGCCGUACCUACUAAUGCUAGUGCGCCACUGACGAUUGAAUGGACUAAUCUAAGACCUGAUGAUCAAUAUUACUACUACGCACACAUUUCUGAGAUCCAAGACUUGCAGGAAAAUGAAACCAGAGAAUUCAACGUGAUGUGGAAUGGAGAAGUGAGUUAUGCCUCUCUAACUCCACAAAGGCUAGGCUUACAUACUAUCUCGAACAACUCACCGAUAACUUGCAAAGGAGGGAAAUGUAGCUUUCAGCUGAUUAGAACCAACAACUCAACUCUUCCGCCUCUACUUAAUGCUUUUGAGGUCUACACAGUUAUUCACUUUCCGCAGUCCGAAACAGAGGAAACCAACGUGGUUGCUAUGAGAAACAUUGAGACCACCUAUGGAUUGAGUAGAAUUAAUUGGCAAGGCGAUCCAUGCGUCCCUCAACAGCUUAGGUGGGACGGUUUAAACUGCAUCAACACGUUUCUGUCCGUACCACCAAAAAUCACUGCUUUAAACUUGUCUUCAAGUGGUUUAACUGGAAACAUAGCUGCUGCCAUUCAAGAUCUUACGCUACUAGAAAAACUGGACUUGUCGAAUAAUAACUUGACCGGAGAGGUGCCGGAGUUUCUAGGCAACAUGAAAUCACUCUUGUUCAUAAACUUAAGCGGGAACGAUAUUAAUGGUUCAAUUCCUCAAUCUCUACAGAGGAAAGGACUCGAGCUACUCGUAGAAGGAAACCCGAAGCUUUGCCUCUCUGAUUCAUGUAGAAAACCGCCAAAGAAGAAAGUUCUUAUUCCAAUUUUUGCAUCGGUUGCUUCUGCUACCAUAGUCAUUGCUGUAAUGGUUAUUCUCCUUCUACUUAAAAGUAAAAAGUCAACGUAUCUACAAGGUCUAGUACAGUUGCUGCCGUGGACGCCAACCGUGGAUGAUACAUUUGCUAAUAAGAAAAGCAGAAGGUUCACAUAUUCAGAGGUCCUCAAAAUGACAAAUAACUUCCAAAACGUUUUAGGCAGAGGAGGCUUCGGCAUGGUGUAUCACGGUACUACUUUAAAUGGAUCUCAAGAGGUGGCUGUUAAACUACUCUCUCAAUCUUCAACUCAGGGCUAUAAAGAAUUCAAAGCUGAGGUUGAUCUUCUUCUGAGAGUUCACCAUACAAAUCUGGUGAGCCUCGUCGGGUAUUGCUAUGAAGGAGAUCACUUGGGACUCAUCUACGAGUAUCUGCCCAAUGGAGACUUAAAACAACAUUUGUCAGGAAAAGAUGGAUGCAUCAUCAACUGGAGUAUUCGACUCCGAAUAGCUUUGGAGGCAGCUCUAGGAUUGGAGUACUUACAUAUUGGAUGCACACCACCGAUGGUUCAUAGAGAUGUCAAAACUGCAAACAUAUUGCUUGACGAGAAUCUCAAGGCCAAACUCGCUGAUUUUGGUCUCUCAAGAUCUUUCCAAGUUGGUGGCGAAAGUCAGGAUGCAACGGCGGUUGUUGGUACUUUUGGAUACCUUGAUCCCGAAUAUUACCAUGAAAGGCGUUUGUGUGAGAAGAGUGAUGUAUACAGUUUCGGGAUCGUGUUAUUGGAGAUGAUCACAAACCAACCCGUGAUUAAUCAGACCUUACACAUAACACAGUGGGUUGGCUUUAAGAUGAACCAAGGUGAUAUUACAGAGAUUAUGGAUCCAAACCUUGGCAAGGACUAUGACUCUAACUCUGCAUGGAGAGCUCUUGAACUCGCAAUGUCAUGCGCCAAUCCUUCUUCCUCAAAACGACCAUCCAUGUCUAAAGUUGUUAACGAGCUACACGAGUGUAUUGAGGGGAUAAGUAGCAAGAAUCCAAGCUUGGAAAUGACCACUAUCUUGGACACUUCUUCGGUGCUUCCCUUGGCAAGAUAA